AUGUCUGCACCCCUUGGUCCAGACAUGCCUGUGCCAGUACCUAAACCACGUGCUCGUUACAAGCGGGCUGGCGGGAGCUUACAGAGCCAGCUCUCUUCUGAGAGGCGAGCUAUCCUCAUUACUUUUACUUGUUUUACCAAACACCUGAUAUGUUCUUGGGGAUUGUUUUCUAAUUAUUUGUUUUUACAUUUGUUUUCAAGGGAUUUGCUAUGUGAUACACCUGAUCCAGCAACAAGUACAGGAAAUCAUAGCAAAGGUAGGCCCUGGUGCUUAUCAUGAUAACAAUGACAUUAUUUGAUCAAUGAUAAAGAUUUGGACAAAAUAUACAUUUCCUUUGAAACAAGAUGAGUUUUGUCAGAACUAUGGCUGUAGUUGUGUAAUAACAGGCCAUAUUCAAUUGACUCAGACACAAUGCGUCAGCUAAACAGCUCACUUUUCAACAACUCACCAAUGAGCAAUCUGCUAUCAGGUUAAACAAGAUUUGUUCCCUGCAAGUCAUAAUAGAGACUCCUCCCCCACUUGUCACUCAAGAAGUCUGCAUCCUUUUAAAUGUGAUGCUGAGUUUAAUAUGUAAUCUCCAGUAAAACAUUCCUAAAGCUAAAGAUAGCUCCAGUGCACUGUCAUGAUAGCAACGUGAGAAAAACUGGUUUUGUUCUAGACACAAAUACUUGUGAUUCAGUGACAGACUUCUGUAAGAUUCACUGCUUUGAUUUCUCACCAGACAACGCAGCAUCUUUUACUGUACGUCAUUUUAUCUUGGGUUCACAGAUCCUCCACCCACAAAUGAUUUGCUGGUAGAAAGUGAAGACAACCAUGCCAUUAUUCUAAAUAAACCUUCAUUCAGCCCUGCCAUCCCCAGCCCAGCUGAUCAGAAUCAAAGCCAGCAUAACUUCCCUUUCUUAAGAUCUGAUUCUGGAGUGACUCCGUCUAGCCCAUUACUGGGCAGUAAUGAUCCAGAUGGACUCCACGACAGAUCUGCCUGGCCAUCCUCCCCUCCGUACAGUCCUGCUGCAGAUUAUUACCCCGAUAUCAUUGUAGUAGCUGACUGGGCUAAAUACCUUGGAUCUGAAUCGUCCAAUGAUGACGAUGCCUUUACUGGAGAAAUAAAGAACCCAUCUCACAUGAACAAGUGAGUUUUAGCUAUCAGGUUUAAAGGCAUAGGUCACAAAACAGUACAGGCCAUGGCCAAAGGUAGGGCAGAAUAUGUACAUCAAUUUACUUAAUUAUAUGUAAUAAGCUACAGGUCACAGAAAACAUGAAAUGGUGGUAGAAAUGUUGAAAUGGCUUUGUCUCAUUCUUCUAUGCCUCAGUUCAAUUGUGGUGUCAAGGCAGAUUGGUGGUGUCCCCCAGCCUCCUGUGGACCAGGCGUCUAUGCAGACCAGACCAAUCAAACAAAAGACCCCACGGUACGUCACAGCACCCCAUCACAGCAGACAGACAGUUAACAGACAGCUUUCAUUGGGAGUUCAAUUAGAAUACAAAUGAUAGAAAUGACUACCUAAUCAACAGAAAUGUUAAGAUAGUACCUUACCAAUAUUGAUAUAUUUCAUGGUUGUAAUGGUAUGAUAUAAUUGAAAACCCAUUGAAAUUAUCAUUUGGGUGUAGCCGGAUCAGACAUCACGUUGAGCGUGAUAUACUUGUUUGUCUACUGAUCUGUGAACUCUACAAGCGUUUUGUUGAUCUAUUCAGAUCACUGUAUUACACAUAUCUAUACCUACAGCACCAGUCAAAUGUUUGGACACACCUACUCAUUCAAGGGUUUUUCUUUAUUGUACUAUUUUCUACAUUGUAGAAUAAUAGUGAAGACAUCAACACUAUGAAAUAACACAUAUGGAAUCAUGUAGUAACCCAAAAAGUGUUAAACAAAUCUAAAUAUAUUUUAUAUUUGAGAUUCUUCAAAGUAGCCACCCUUUGCCUUGAUGACAGCUUUGCACACUCUUGGCAUUCUCUCAACCAGCUUCACCUGGAAUGCUUUUCCAAUAUUCUUGAAGGAAUUCCCACAUUUGCUGAGCACUUGUUGGCUGCUUUUCCUUCACUCUGCCGUCCGACUCAUCCCAAACCAUCUCAAUUGGGUUGAGGUCGGGAGAUUGUGGAGGCCAGGUCAUCUGAUGCAGCACUCCAUCACUCUCCUUCUUGGUAAAAUAGCCCUUACACAGCCUGGAGGUGUGUUUAGUCAUUGUCCUGUUAAAAAACAUAUGAUAGUCCCACUAAGCCCAAACCGGAUGGGAUGGCGCAUCACUGCAGAAUGCUGUGGUAGCCAUGCUGGUUAAGUGUGCCUUAAAUUCUAAAUAAAUCACAGACAGUGUCACCCCCCCCCCCCCCCCCCCCCCCCCCCCACACACACACACACACACCUUGUCACAACACAACUGAUUGGCUCAAAAGCAUGAAAACUGAAAUUAAUUCCACAAAUUAACUUUUAAGAAGGCACACCUGUUAAUUGAAAUGCAUUCCAGGUGACUACCUCAUGAAGCUGGUUGAGAGAAUUCCAAGAGUGUGCAAAGCUGUCAUCAAGGCAAAGGGUGGCUAUUUGAAGAAUCUCAAAUAUAAAAUAUAUUUUGAUUUGUUUAACACUUUUUUGGUUACUACAUGAUUUCAAAUGUGUUAUUUCAUAGCUUUGAUGUCUUCACGAUUAUUCUACAAUGUAGAAAAUAGUAAAAGAAAAACCCUUGAAUGAGUAGGUGUGUCCAAACUGACUGGUAGUGUAAAUGUGUAGCAUAUUUGGUCAAGAUAGCUGACAGUUAAUGAAAUAUUUGUCAUGUGUAUGUUUCUUUGAGAUAACUUUUCUAUUUGUUCACAGUGCUGCCACCAUCCGUGUCAGCAGGAGAAAGCAGGCAGCAGCGAGCGGGGGUGGUGCCCAGAUAGCAGAGUCCUCUCGUAGGGAGAGUGUGGUUUCCCGUUCCAGCUGGCUGGAUGUAUGGAAGGGACGCAGGUAAUUUGGGACACUGUGGGUUAUAUGUACUAUUACUGUUCAGCAACACCUUACUGAAAUCACAUUCUCUGUUAUGACGUUUCAGAUUACUUUCCAAAUAUCAUUGCCUAAUUUCUACAGUGAGGGAAAUAAGUGUUUGAUCCCCUGCUGACUUUGUACGUUUGCCCACUGACAAAGAAAUGAUCAGUCUAUAAUUUUAAUGGUAGGUUUAUUUGAACAGUGAGAGACAGAAUAACAACAAAAAAAUUCAGAAAAACGCAUGUCAAAAAUGUUAUAAAUUGAUUUGCAUUUUAAUGAGGGAAAUAAGUAUUUGACCCCCUCUCAAUCAGAAAGAUUUCUGGCUCCCAGGUGUCUUUUAUACAGUUAACAAGCUGAGAUUAGGAGCACACUCUUAAAGGGAGUGCUCCUAAUCUCAGUUUGUUACCUGUAUAAAAGACACCUGUCCACAGAAGCAAUCAAUCAAUCAGAUUCCAAACUCUCCACCAUGGCCAAGACCAAAGAGCUCUCCAAGGAUGUCAGGGAAAAGAUUGCAGACCUACACAAGGCUGGAAUGGGCUACAAGACCAUCGCCAAGCAGCUUGGUGAGAAGGUGACCACAGUUGGUGCGAUUAUUCACAAAUGGAAGAAACACAAAUUAACUGUCAAUCUCCCUCGGCCUGGGGCUCCAUGCAAGAUCUCACCUCGUGGAGUUGCAAUGAUCAUGAGAACGGUGAGGAAUCAGCCCAGAACUACACGGGAGGAUCUUGUCAAUGAUCUCAAGGCAGCUGGGACCAUAGUCACCAAGAAAAUAAUUGGUAACACACUACGCCGUGAAGGACUGAAAUCCUGCAGCGCCCGCAAGGUCCCCCUGCUCCAGAAAGCACAUAUACAUGCCCGUCUGAAGUUUGCCAAUGAACAUCUGAAUGAUUCAGAGGAGAACUGGGUGAAAGUGUUGUGGUCAGAUGAGACAAAAAUGGAGCUCUUUGCCAUCAACUCAAUUCGCCGUGUUUGGAGGAGGAAGAAUGCUGCCUAUGACCCCAAGAACACCAUCCCCACCGUCAAACAUGGAGGUGGAAACAUUAUGCUUUUGGGGUGUUUUUCUGCUAAGGGGACAGGACAACUUCACUGCAUCAAACGGACGAUGGACGGGGCCAUGUACCGUCAAAUCUUGGGUGAGAACCUCCUUCCCUCAGCCAGGGCAUUGAAAAGGGGUUGUGGAUGGGUAUUCCAGCAUGACAUUAACCCAAAACACACGGCCAAGGCAACAAAGGAGUGGCUCAAGAAGAAACACAUUAAGGUCCUGGAGUGGCCUAGCCAGUUUCCAGACCUUAAUCCCAUAGAAAAUCUGUGGAGGGAGCGGAAGGUUCGAGUUGCCAAAUGUCAGCCUCAAAACCUUAAUGACUUGGAGAAGAUCUGCAAAGAGGAGUGGGACAAAAUCCCUCCUGAGAUGUGUGCAAACCUGGUGGCCAACUACAAGAAACGUCUGACCUCUGUGAUUGCCAACAAGGGUUUUGCCACCAAGUACUAAGUAAUGUUUUGCAGAGGGGUCAAAUACUUAUUUCCCUCAUUAAAAUGCAAAUCAAUUUAUAACAUUUUUGACAUGAGUUUUUCUGGAUUUUUUUGUUGUUAUUCUGUCUCUCACUGUUCAAAUAAACCUACCAUUAAAAUUAUAGACUGAUCAUUUCUUUGUCAGUUGGCAAACGUACAAAAUCAGCAGGGGAUCAAAUACUUUUUUCCCUCACUGUAUGUAUUUGAAAAUGGAGAUACUUUUUGUCCGUGAAGGCACAAUGUUCUGUGGGCCACCCUGGAUGGACAGUUGGUAUCACUAUGGAAGAAAACCACAGUGAGUGAACCACAAGCACCACACCAUGGUCCAUUGGACCCUUGUUAUAACAUUAUUGCAUCUCCCAGGCUAUGCCUCAUACUAUUCCCACAUCUUCUGUGCUGCAGGACAAGUUCACCGAAAUAGUGUUCCACGUGUCAAGCAUCACCGACGUCCGUAAGCAGGACAAAGGACGCUUCUCCAUUUACUUCAGCAAGAAGCACUUUGAGUUCAUGGCACACAACAAAGGUGAGCUGCUGAUGGGUAUAGACUCUCCUUUUGGUUCCAAGUGUUUUUGUGCUGAGCCUUGACUAUCUCCCCACCUCUCUUCCUGGUCCCAGCGGUGCAGGAGGGCUGGGUGACUUCCCUUCUGGCUUCUCGUGGACAGAACCCCCCAGUCCCUCCGGAGCAGCAUGGAGCCCUGACCAUGAAGGACCCUCGUAGCAGAGUGUACGCUGCCAUCUGUGGACACAACCUAUGGAUCUACAACAAUAAAGAGGUUGGGAAAAGGAACAGGACUCAGCUAUGCUCCAUCAGUUUAUGAUUGUUUGAUGAUUUGGGAGGACAUCUUCAGUGUAUUUUGUGUCGCUCAGUUAUUGUCAUUGUGCCAUGCAGGACUUCCAGUUGGGGGUUGGGAUGACCUAUGUGUCCAUGAACGUGGCUUCAGUGAAGCAGACGGGCCGUCAUACCUUCAGCCUCAUCACACCGUAUAAAACCUUUAAGUGAGUGUCCAGCUCCUUCUCUCUCUCUCACUGUCUCUCAGUCUGAUCUGACUCAAGACAAUUGCUCUUCUACCAGAUUAUCCCAUUAUCUGUCCCGUGCAUGUGAGCAUCUUGCUUUAGUAAUUACUGAGAAACACAGUCUUUGUAUCUCUAGUUUCUCCACAGACUCAUUGAAGGAGCUGGGCGUGUGGCUGGGGAGCCUGACCCAGGUGAUCCGCAGUGCCCUGUCAUGCAGCGAGGUGGCCGAGCGACUCUGGGCCAGCCCAUGGAACAAAGUGUGUGCCGACUGUGGCUGUGCCAACCCUGAGUGGGCCUCCGUCAACCUGCUGGUGGUCAUCUGUGAGGCCUGCGCAGGUGAGCUGGGACUGCGAUGAGGCUAAAUAAGUAGGCACAGGAUGUGUAUGGAUUGUUACAUUUGCUCUACACAACCUUUGUUAAUAGUUUCCCAAUUGUUUCUCUAAGGUCAGCAUCGGUCUUUGGGCAUCAAUGUGUCCAAAGUGAGAAGCCUGAAGUUGGACAGUAAAGUGUGGACCGAACCUCUGAUUCUGGUGAGAUUACUUUUCCUGUAAUAGUGCUACAGUGUAAGUCUUGCCAAAUACUCAAAGUCUAAAAUAACACAAUGUUAAAAUAGGCACUACUAUAUAAAUAUACACAUGAUAUUCUCUCUUUCUCCCAUAGCUCUUUGUCCAUUAUGGAAACAAAGCAGCCAAUGAUGUGUGGGGUCACAACGUGCCGGGUGCAGAGCAGAUCCUGCCGGACUCCUCUGUGGAUCAGAGAGGGGACUUCAUCAGGGCCAAGUACACCAAGGGCCGAUACAGACGGACCCAUCCACUAGCCUCCAGCCAGAGACUGCUCAACAAGGUCAGCCAGCCUCAGCUUACUCUGCUGCUCUCAACCAGCAGAGGACAGUGUAGUUAUUCAGCUUUUCAUUUAGAUCCCUUCCAAACUUGUGUUAUGACACAUUUGUAAGUAUACAUUUCUGAUUCCUAUCAAUCUUAAAAGAUAGCAACAUACACCUAAACCUCCCAGAGUCUGUACAGGACAAAUUGUUGCUGAAUGAGAUGUGUUAUUGGUUGUUAUGGCAACAUCAUCCCCUCACCCUGUGUCCUCCAGAGGCUGUGUGAGAUAGUGUGUGGCCCUAAUGUCCCAGAGACCAUGUCCCUGCUGUCCUCGGGGGCGCGGGUCCUGUGCCACUCAGGGGACCCUCAGUGCCCCUCACCCAUUUCACUGGCAGAGCAGGCUGGACAGGCCAUGCAGACUGAGCUCCUCAGACACAACGAGUACACAGGUACUGACAUCAGGGGUCCAGCCUCUAAGAUCCACAGUACUGCUGCUGUUUUGUGUUUUUGCGUAGUCUCAACUUGUCACUUUCAUGAAGUCAGUACAUCAAAUGUCGGUCUUGUUCAUCAUGGUUUCUACGAUCUGUUUGUUUUUCUCCUGUACAGAGGCCCCUCCUUAUGCUCAUCAGAAGCCCAGCAGAGACCCUGCUUCCUCUGUCCCCUCUUCUGCUGCAGGUACACAUAUACUAUGAGUGCAUCCCAAUAGCCUAAAAGGGGACUUUGCAGUAGGUGUAAAAUUGUAAAUGUGUGUGUGACAGGAGAGGAGCUCCAUGGGAAGUUGGAGGAGGACCGCUUCCUGUUCUCUCAGGAGAAUGACUCUGCUGCCUGUGAUGUUCUGGACCUGAGGGAGGUCAUCUCCAUCUUUGACCGCUCCAACGGGUAUUGCAACCUUAUGAUGUUAGCAUUGUGGGAGAAAAUACAAAUUCUUAUGCUUUGAUAUGUGUUGAUAAGAUAUUUGGGUGACUGUUGAUUUCUUCCACCCCCACAGACCAACUCAUGCAUUUGAGCUGGUGACUCUGACGGACCAGUUGCUGUGCAGUGCUGAUACAGAAGAGGGUCUGCUCACACACCUUCUCCAUAUUCUCAAGGUAGCACAAUAACAGCUGUGAUGAUAGCGACCAUUGUGCCAACUGUACUCUAUACUGUAUAGGGUACAUAUAAACAGACAGAACAGAUAGAGUAAUGUGGUUAAAACUGAUAAUAUGUUCUCCCCCCGUCAGGUGGUGUUGCCCGGGCCCAUAGAUGAGGAGGAGCUGGACAAGGGGUUUGCUGUGUCCCAGGUGUCUCUGAGGGAGGGAGGAGGCCUGCAGCACACCGAGGUCUGGGCAGUGCUCCGUGGAGGUCAGGUCCUCAUCUAUCCUACUGACCAGCAGCGCCACAGAGAAAGGCUAACACUCAACCAAGAGUCUCAAUACAGUAAGUCACAUCUCACCUCAUUGACCUGACUGCAUGUUUACACAACAUGAUGUUUCUCUACGUGCCUUGUGCAGAUGAGCAGAAGUUUCAUGAUUAGGUAAUAUGAUUAUGUAUCUCACCCAACACUGACAGUGUUAUUUCCUGCCCACAGAGAUAGAUUCCUCUGUGAACACCAUAGAGCUGGUCACUGGAGAGAGGUCAGUACUACAGGAACACUUUGUUAUAAACAGGAACACUUUGUUAUAAACAGGAACACUUUGUCACAUUCACAUUUACUUAUAUCAUAGCAGCGGUUCCCAAACGAAUUUCAGCAUCUGUCAUUCAAAGGAAUGUGUCCAAUGGAUCUAUUGCUUGCUCUCUUCUUUCGGCUAGAACCAUGUCCAUGCAGUUUGAACGAGACCACAGCUGUCAGUCCUGGCACACCCUACUGAAAUGGGCAGUGACCACAAAGAGGAAGCCGCGCCAGCUGCCCCCCACCGCCAUUGGCAAGGUGCCCCCUGCCAUCGAGAGGUGUAUCUCACACAUCACAAAAUAUGGUGUGUUCCAUUUGAUACUGGAACAAGUAUUGUAGUGAUCUGGAUAACAAGGAAAAAUAAUUCUCACAAUUGUACAACUGCAUCUGCUCUACUUCUCUCUCCCUCCCAGGUUUAAAGGUGGAUGGGCUGUACCGGCGCUGUGGCUUGGCCACUAAGAUCAGUUAUCUGGUGGAGGCCCUCAGCAGUUCACCUAAAACUACCCCUCUGGAGACAGACGAAGAGGGUCUCCUGGAAGCUGCAGGGGCCCUGAAGCAGUAUAUCCGCCAGCAGGUGGUGCUCAUCCCAGAGACACACAGGAAACUAUGGGUAGAGGCUGCAGGUACUCUCCUUCUCAUCUUAAACUCUUGUGGACAGACUAUGUAAACAUAAAUGGUACCGUAGAUCUGUCACGAUACAACGGGACGCGUGAGGUAACGAGAAGCAUUAGUUCCGGGUGCUUUGGUCAAAUCACGAUCCCGCAGGUGUUAGCAUCUUUUGAAUAUCGGAAGGGGAGGGGAUAUUUGGCCCAUUGACUUGCCUUCAACUUGCAAAGAGAGAGGGUGGAGCUCUUUGUUCCGGUUCCGAUCAUCGUUCUAUCUCUUCUCUUAACACGUAUGGACCCAGAACUUAAUCAAGCAUCUGACCAAUUACGCAAGACUUUAGUUCUGGGUUAACUAAGAUUAUUCUCAUCUCAAACAACCCCAAUCAGACAAGUAACAAUGGGAGCAUUCAACAUUGCAGCUGACUUUAAAGAGCGACUACCCCUAAAAAGCAACUUCUCAUUUUAUAAAUGGCCUUGGUGACAUCGAUACGAGUCAGAAACAUUUAUUCUAGUGUUAAAAUUGACUACAAAGUGUAAAUAGGAUAAUUUUGGUCCUCAAGUCAGUCUCGUCCAAAACGGAGAUUUGCGAGAUGAUAAGGGAAAAAAAUAUGUCACGGAAUGAAGGGUACCGUUACAGUUUUCCUUGGGUUGGGUUACUUUAAAUCCUGCCCACAUGCUCACAGUUGGCAGCACCCAAUUAAUUAUCAAUACGGAGCGCAGCUGCAUGCGACCAGAUCGUAAUGCCCAUGGUCAAUUUGGUUCGAUAUCCCUAUGGGGCUAGUUAGGGACCAUCAGUAAAUUGCACAAUGUACACGGGACAAUAUUUUAAAAGGUCAAUAGCUUCAAUGACUUAAAAACCUCAAACCAACUAUAAAUUGUAGAAAUUCAUACACAAAUAUUGAAAGCAUUUAAUGAGAAAACUAAACGAUGUGCAACAUGAAAAUAGUCCCAUUUACAUUGUGUAAUUUAUUGAAGUCCCUAACUAGCCCCAGAGAUAGGCUAUCCAAUGUCAAACCAAUUUUGCCACGGUCGCAAACCAGCCAGCUGAAGCUAAGUUUAGGAUCCCCACAGUUUAGGGUCACCAUGGACAUAUUUUACCAGCAUCUAGAUUAACAAACAAACCCUGAUGCAGAUGCAAGUUGUUUAAUACAAGCUGUGAUUUAAAUAAUGGGGUUCUCAUUCAUCGCCUUUGUCACCAUAGCUCACACAGAAGAGACCUUCAGACUGGCUGCCUACCGCAGACUACUGAAGAAGCUGCCCCCUGACAACAGAAUCACACUCAACGCCCUCUGUGGACACUUCUACAUGUAAGAACAACACAUGAUCAAUUAUUGUAAAAUUGAAUAGGGCAACAUAAUGAACCUGCAUGACUAAUGUUCAUUGUUGUCAACCCCUUCUUCUAGAGUUCAGCUGUAUAGUGCAGAGAACCGUAUGACAGCUCAGAACCUGGCGCUGGUGUUUGUCCCCACACUAUUCCAGGAGCUGGCCAUGAACACUGACCUGGUGCACCUCACUAGAGAGCUCAUUAUCCACCACACACUCCUCUUCCUGGUAAGACACUUUGAACUCCAUCUCUUCUAUUGGGUCAUGGAACAUAUAGCAGCAUAAAGCAGUGAAAGACUGACAGUGGACUAGACUAACCUUUAUACCUAACACCACGUCUUGUAAUCUACAGGGUAAAGAAGAGGAGUCUGACAUGGAGAGUGAAGAACUGAUAACAAAAUUAUAG